GGAAUAAAUAUAUAGAAUCUUCAAAGAAUAUGUUAUGGGGAAUACCGAAAAAAAGCCAGGUCUGAAUAGUACCGUGAAUAUGAAGAAUCCUUCUCUUAAUGAAAAUGAGGAAGAUGAAGAAGAUAUCAAUGAACCCAUAAUAUCAGAUUGUGCAGGUUCCUCCAGCAGUAGUACUGACGAAGCGCAUAAAUAUGAAGAAUUUGCUCAAAAGCUAAAAGUAACAUGCCCAACAUGUCAGGGGAAAGGAAAACUUAGUCAAAGUCAAGCAGAAAGUAUGGUUGCUUUAAUUCCUGUUGGAGAUAAACGAUUGCGACCAAGAAGAACGAAACUUUAUCUUGGAAUCAUUAUCAUUCUUGCUCUGAUUGCUAUAUUUCUUAUUGCGUUUUUCUUACUACCUCGUACAAUAAGCAUAAAAAUCAUCGAUAUCAACACUAAAAAGAUCUUUAUACCGCAAGAAGAUGACGAUUCAACACCUUAUAUUGAUGUAGCUAUAACAUAUUCAAUCAGUAACGAAAACUUUUUUGAUGCUUCUAUCAGUGAUGUAAUGACUGAUAUAAGUUGGAAUAAAUAUGUUUUGAACACAACAACUGAAUUAAAAAAUAUCAAGGUUUCUGGUAGAAAAACUAUAAAUAGCACACAUCUAUCAAGGCAAGUUUUCACUGGAAAAGAUGUACAGAAACAUGUAAAAACUGUGUGUGGGACCGGCUGGAAAUGGGACUUGUUUGAAAAAUUUGUAACCACUGCAUCCGUUUCAUAUAUGUCUCGAGCUGAGCAACUUUCAAACACCUUCUAUGGCUACACCUGCUGUCACAAUAUUACAUCAUUUUUAUGACCAUCAUUUCACUGGCAAAAACUCUGUUGCAUAUAAUAUUCUUUAGUUGUUUAUAUUAUUUAUAUUUUCGAUUUUUUAAUAUAAUAAUAAAUUUACAAAAGUUACAGUGAAAAGUAGCUGUUACAAUUUUAUUGAUGAUUAGAUAUUCAACACAUCGUCUUUAUGUUCUCUAGGCUUAAGAAAUGUAUGUCCAAUUUAUUUGUAUGAUUUACUCUUAUGAUUCACUGAAACCAUGUAAUAAUCACUAAUUCUAGUUUUAUUUAUUGGUGUAGAUUACAUUAGGGAUUUUUUUAUAUAUUUUGUAAUAACUACAAAAUGUUGUUAUUGUUUUUUGUUUAUUGUUAAAAUUGAAUAAUUUAGGAGUUAUUAAAUUUAAAUAUAAUACGUUAUUUGUUAUCAUUUUUGUCUAAUUUUAAAGAAUACACUCUUUCUAUUUUUUAA